AUGAGAAAAUUUACGACGAAUUCGUCGCAUUCAACAACGCCGUCGUCUUCGAAGCAGGUGAAUCAACAUCGUACUUUGGAGCAGAUCGGAAACGACUUGCUGCAGGAAUGCAAAACCUGCAACGAAAACUCGCGCCUCUCGAAAGGACUCCGCGAACGGGUCGAACGGUUACCACGAAAGAUACGCAAGGAAGUGGUAAAACGGACCAGCGAUGGUUGCUCCCCGCUCUUCAUCGCCUGUCGCCGUGGUAACGUGGAUAUCACCGAGUAUCUUAUCACGGUUUGUGACGCCAACACGGAGCAGAAAGGAUUCUACGAAGUUCCCGAAGAUCGCUCCGUUCACUGUGUGACCCCGCUGUGGUGUGCUUGCGUUUCCGGCAAGCUGCCCGUCGUGAAAUGUCUCGUUCGCCUUGGUUCCAACAUAAACGCGCUUUCCGAUACUGGCUCGACUCCGCUGCGUAGUUCUUGCUUCAUGACACACAUCGAUAUCGUUCAAUUUUUGGUCGAACACGGAGCGGACAUAAAGAAACCAAACUACAACGGUGGAACGUGCCUCAUCAAUUCGGUACAAUCCGUCACGCUGUGUACGUAUUUAAUCAGCAAAGGCGCGGAUGUGAACGCCCGCGACAUUCAGGACAAAACGGCACUACACUACGCGAUACAAGAGCAUCGACUUGAGACAGCACAGCUUCUGUUGGAGCAUGGUGCUGACCCGUUUGCAAAAUCCCGCUAUGGGGACGAUGCGUUGCAGAUGGCCUGCCUCAAGGGAGCCUAUCACAUAUUCGAUUUUUUGAAAAAGCGCAUCAACUACUCCGCCGAACGGCUGGCGGAUGCGCACGAGCUCUUCGGGUCGACGCUUAUCGACGACCUCAAUGUGACCCGCGGUGCCAUUCUGCAUUGGCGGUUGGCCCACCAGAUCCGGUUACGCGAGGCCGGCUACAUUUCCAAGAAACCCACCGUUGAGCCGCGGGCGGCGUAUGCUUUCGCAACCGAAUUCACCACUAUCCCCGAGCUGGACAACAUCGCAGCGGACAUGGAUGCCAUGCGCGUCCAGAGCUUGCUCAUUUACGAACGCAUACUGGGUAUCGGCCACCGGGAUACACUGUUCCGGAUAAUGUUCCGAGGGGCGUCAUACGCCGAUGCGCAUCGCUUUCAGCGUUGCAUCGAUCUGUGGCUGCUCGCGCUCCAGAUACGGGUGCAAAAGUACUCCAUCCUUUACUCCGACACUUGUCUCACGGCGCAGGCUCUCGUUCGCUUGAUGCUCGACCUGAUCGACGGGUACGAUGAGCUGAUGCCCGAGGAGCACAUGGAAGGCACGGUACCUCGAUUCGAAGACGUGUUCGCUGUGUUUAGCAUCCUUACGGCCAACAUAACGGUGGCGCGAGAACUCAUCAGCUUGCGACCGGUUCAUCGAAAGCAACAGGAAAAUUUCGACCGCGUCAUGAAGUGUUUGACCCAUCUGAUGUUUCUCAUGCUUGCAACGGCGAAAACUGAGGAUGAUCGAGCAUCGAUCUAUCGAUCGGUACACACGCUCGUGCACAGCAAGGUUCGCAGCGCCAUCACCAACGACACGCUGCUACACCUGUCCGUGUCCCGGUUGAACGUCAUCAAGAGCGGCUACUUCAACGACGAAUCCACAUUUCUCAGAAUCGUUUUCCCUAGCCUGAAAGUUGCCAAGCUGCUGUUGGACUGUGGGGCCGAUGUAAAUGCCAAAAAUGAAUCCAAAUCGACGCCUCUGCUGGUUGCUGGGAUGCCUUACAAUUAUGAUCGAGAUGUGAUCUUCACUCUUCUUGAGUAUGGUGCGCAUUUGGACGAGCCCAACCGACACGACGAUCGUCCGUUGAACUUGAUUCGCAAAAAUCCGAUCAACGACAUCCCGACAGUGAACUAUCUUCCCCUGAAGUGUCUCUGCUCUACGGUGAUCGUGCGGUUUGGCAUACCGUACCGUAACCAGAUACCCCGCACUUUGGAGGAAUUUGUAAAACGCCACGAACCGUAA